GCAUGAUCAUUAAUGUUACGCCGUCAAUAAAAUUGAAUUUGGUCAGUCGAAAAUUCCGAGCAGUGGGUCAAGAGUGUGGUCAAGUUCACCGAAAAAAAAAAAAAAAAAAAAAAUGGUGUCUGGAAUCACGGUAACCGCCCUCAUAGUUUUGGGGUUGGGAGUGGUGACUUUCAUCAAGGUGAAACCCCUCCUGGAAGUUCCUCCAGUACCACAAAUGGAAGACACCUGGUGGGGACCAGGUCAACCAGGGAAAAGUGUCGACACCAGUAUCAGACCCUUCAAAAUCAACGUACCAGAUGAGGUUCUUCGUGACUUGGAACGACGACUAGCCUCCACCCUACCCUUCCAACCCCCACUAGAAGGGGCUAAACAGCACUACGGCAUGAACACCGACCUCCUCAAAAACAUCACAGAGUUUUGGAAAACUAAAUACAAUUGGAGAGAGCGAGAAGCUCUUCUCAAUCAGUUCCCCCAAUUCAAAGUAAACGUACAAGGUUUGAACAUUCACUACAUCCACGUGAAGCCCAAGCCGACUAAAGGGAUGCGGGUGCUACCCCUUCUGCUGCUUCACGGUUGGCCAGGGUCUGUUUUGGAGUUUUACGAUAUGAUACCCCUGUUGACCACCCCACAGAAGGGCAGAGACUUCGUUUUUGAGGUUAUAGUCCCUUCCCUACCAGGUUACGGAUUUUCUGAUGCAGCCGUGAAACCUGGCUUAGGGACCCUGCAAAUAGCCGUUGUUAUGGAUAAUCUGAUGGAGCGGAUAGGGAUCAACAGAUAUUACGUUCAAGGUGGUGAUUGGGGAUCGGUCAUAGUCCUUAUCAUGUCGGUUUUGCAUCCUGACAGAGUCAUUGGGGUGCACUCGAAUUUUUGCGUCGCCACCACUCUGGUUCCGAAUAUCAAACUGUUCUUCUACAGUUUCUUCCCUUCUUGGAUUGUGGACAAGGAGCACGAAGAUUUGGUGUUUCCUUUGAGCAAUUUGUAUGCGAAUACGCUUAUGGAAUCGGGAUAUUUGCAUUUACAAUCUACUAAACCUGAUUCAAUUGGAGUUGCUUUGCGUGAAAGUCCAGUUGGUCUGGCAGCUUACAUUUUGGAAAAAUUCACCACUUGGACGAACCCAUCCUGGAAAGACUUGGAAGAUGGCGGUCUAAAUAAGAAGUUCACCAUCCCCAAGCUCUUGGACAACAUUAUGAUAUACUGGGUGACCAGAUCCAUAACGACAUCUAUGAGAAUCUACUCGGAAACGUUCAACAAAGCCACUACAGCCAUCAAUAUUGAAGGCAUUCCGAUCACUAUACCUAGUGGAUGCGCCAGAUUCCGCCACGAUUUGGUGUACACGCCAGAAACAAUCUUGAGAGAUAGACAUCUGAAUAUGGUGCACCUCAAGGACUACGAUGCAGGCCACUUUGCUGCGUUUGAAGUACCAGAUAUUUUGGCGAAAGACGUUUUCGAUUUCGUAGAAACAGUUGAAAAGUUGAAUAGGAGUGAAAAAUAGUUCAGUGUAUUCUUGAGUUGUUGAAACCAAAUUGUUUUACUUUUGGAG